AUGAGUGACACUGUUCCCAACCUAAGUCUGCUUCGAAAUGCUUUCUUUGACCGCCACCCCUCCAGAAUUGUUGCAAAGGAGGAGAAAGAGGUGGCUGAGCCGGAGGUGAGGAUGGUGAACGGCAAACCAAAGAAAGUGCGCAAACCAAGGACUAUUUACUCCAGUUUUCAGCUGGCGGCCUUGCAAAGGAGGUUCCAGAAGACUCAGUAUUUAGCCCUGCCCGAAAGAGCCGAGCUGGCGGCGUCGUUGGGCCUGACCCAGACACAGGUGAAGAUCUGGUUCCAGAACAAGAGGUCCAAGAUCAAGAAGAUCAUGAAGAACGGCGAGAUGCCCCCGGAGCACAGCCCCAGCGCCAGCGACCCCAUGGCCUGCAACUCCCCCCAGUCCCCGGCCGUGUGGGAACCGCAGGGCACCGCCCGGUCCCUCAGCCACCUCCCGCACGCCUCCAACCCGUCGCCUGCCUCCGCCUACCUGGAGAACUCCUCGUCCUGGUACCCCAGCGGGAACUCCCUCAACGGCCACCUGCCGCCGCACGGCUCUCUACAGCACCCCUUAGCCCUGGCCGCGGGGACGAUCUACUAGGCCAGGACCGGCUCGCCUUCAGACCCGCCGCCCCCUUUCCUUCCUUCUUUCCUUCCUUCCUUCCUUCCAG